AUGCGAUGGGAAGUCUGCGAUUCUCUCGCACGAAGUCAUGCAUCUUCCCGAGAGGAUGAAACCACUCCUUCCACGCCUCCCGAUCACAACAGAACAUCAAACUCAUGGCCGCCUCUGCGUUUUUCUCAAGGAUAUUUUGAGAAUCAGGGUCUGCCAGCCACGCAUUUGCUUGGUCAUCUGGUUGAUCAAAUCUACGUCAAAGGACGUUCCAAGCGGUGGCGGUCCAACAGCGAGGAAAACGAGGGAUUCCCAUCGCGAUGGGUGAUAGGCCGCUAUCCGUGA